UCUGCUCUUCAUUCUGUUCAAGUCUGUCAACUUGGUUACUUUAUUUCUAGUACACACCCCAGUUUACAGCUUUACCACCAUGAGCAAGUCCUUUUCAUCUGCUGAAACGGCCUCAUCCUACCGUCGAACCUUCGGCUCCGGCUUGGGCUCGACCAUGUCCAGCUCCCUAUUUGGCCGUGGCUCUUCUGGCUCUUCCAGACUUUCUUCCAGAGUCUAUGAGAUGACCAAGACCUCCUCCUCUUCCCCUGUUUACUCAAGCCACCGCUCUGGAGGCUAUGGUGGUGGAGUUGUGACCCGCGCCUAUGCCGGUAUGGGCGAGAAGCUAGACUUCAACCUGGCUGAUGCCAUGAACCAGGAUUUCCUGCACACACGCACCAACGAGAAGGCCGAGCUACAGCACCUGAAUGAUCGCUUUGCCAGUUACAUUGAGAAGGUGCGCUUCCUUGAGCAGCAGAACCAGGCCCUGUCUGUAGAGAUUGAGCGCUUGAGGGGACGCGAGCCCACACGCAUUGCUGAGAUGUACGAAGAGGAGAUGAGGGAGCUGCGCAGGCAGGUGGACACUCUGACCAACCAGAGAGCUCGCGUAGAGGUGGAGCGUGACAACCUGGCUGAUGACCUACAGAAACUCAAACUCAGACUUCAAGAGGAAAUCCACCAAAAAGAAGAGGCUGAGAAUAACCUAUCUGCUUUCAGAGCUGAUGUCGAUGCUGCCACUCUCGCCAGGCUGGACUUGGAGAGACGCAUCGAGAGCCUUCAUGAGGAGAUUGCCUUCCUUAAGAAGAUCCAUGAGGAGGAGAUCCGUGAGCUACAGAGCCAGAUGCAGGAAUCUCAGGUCCAAAUCCAAAUGGACAUGUCUAAGCCUGACCUGACCGCUGCUCUGAGGGAUAUCCGCGGCCAGUAUGAGGCCAUCGCAGCUAAAAACAUUUCAGAAGCUGAAGAGUGGUACAAGUCCAAGGUAUCAGAUCUGAACCAAGCUGUGUCCAAGAACAGUGAUUCAUUGAGACAGGCCAAGCAGGAGUGCAUGGAGUUCCGCCACCAAAUCCAAUCCUACACCUGCGAGAUCGAUUCCCUCAAGGGCACCAAUGAAUCUCUGAUAAGGCAGAUGAAGGAGAUGGAAGAAAGGAUGGGCAACGAGGCUGGCGGUUACCAGGACACCAUUACUCGUCUUGAGGCUGAGAUUGCCAAAAUGAAAGAUGACAUGGCUCGCCAUCUUCGUGAGUACCAGGACCUUCUUAAUGUCAAGAUGGCCCUGGAUGUGGAGAUUGCCACCUAUAGGAAGCUGCUGGAGGGAGAGGAGAGCAGGAUCUCUCUGCCUCCACAGGCAUAUUCCUCCUUGAGCUUCAGAGGUGAUCUCAGAGAGACCAGCCCGGAGCAGUUCACACAGCCACGAUCCUCUGAGAUCCACUCCAAGAAAACAGUUCUGAUCAAGACCAUAGAGACCCGUGAUGGAGAGUCUAAAACGUCUCGUGAAGCAAUGAGUGCAAUGAGUGCCAUGAGCGCUCAGUGUGUUGUCAGUGAAUCCACACAGCACCAGCAGGACGUCAUUUAAAAUAGAAGAAAAGUGUGAAGAAAACAGCAACAGAAUUGAAUCCAAUCUAAAACAAGACAUUUCCAUGCCACACAGACCCUCACUAUAUACAGUGAUGCUAUGACCCACAAUUACAGGCAGCUAUGGAUGAAUAAAGGAGACAAAGCUGAAAGUGAAUAAAGGCCAAAAGAUUUCGAAUGAAGAUGAAACUGAAGCAGUUAUUUGUUAAAGUGUACAUCAAUAUUCAACUGCUAAUACUCUGAAUUUUAUAUGUAAGUGUGUGUCUGUGUGCUUGUGAGUAAGUGGGUCACAUGCAUCAUGAUCUAUCGUAUACCACCAUAUGAGGCCUGCUAAUUUAUUUUGUGCUUUUAUUAAAAUGAAACUUGAAACACAAUCAUCUGACAUAUUGCAUGAAAUGGUCACAUAAAUGUUUGUGAGAUGUUUAAUGAUUCACAGAUUUUUGGAAGGGGAACUACAAUAAAAACCUGUUAUAUAAUACAAA